AUGAAAUUAUUUGAAGCUCAAACGGUCUAAACGAAAGGCAAGUGACACAUGGAGGAGCACACUAGUAGAAAAUAUCAAUCUUAGACUUGCUAAGCCUCGUUGUUCGGUGAAAUUAUAUUGAUUCAAUAUCAAGAUGUCAAUUGAAGAUUUCAUCAAGGGAGCAAGUGAUGUCUGUUAUCGACCGUUCGCCUGGUCUUACAAGUUCAAUGAUUCUGAUUCUGAUGCUGAGGAAGAUGUAGAUAAAAAAAAGCUUACAGAAAAAGAAUAUUCUCUAAUGCUAACUUAUUUAGGGGAAGAGAAGAUCGAAACAUCCCAAUCAAGUUCUGCUCCUUCUUUUGAAGUAUUACUGGAUAACCUGCCGGAACAAUUUCAAAAUAUUUGUCACGAUUUCAGGAAUGCUGUACUCUGCAGCCAAGAUAUACAGAGUAUGGACCUUACACGAUUUAAUCGCCAUUCUUUGAACAUCUAUCAAUACCUUCUCACGAUAUGUGGAUCGGAGAAUCAAGUAAAAGCAAUUCGAACAGUUUAUAAAGUCUUAGAUGAUUCUACUAAAAUAUCUCCUGUGUAUACAAAUAUUAGCAGUGGGAGUAAAGGUGAGGGUUUGUAUGUUCCUGGUGGAGAUUAUGACUUCAUGACUAUUCUGGAACAAAUACAAGUAAACCAAACGUGUUCUGUUAUUGCGGAAGACCGUCCCGUACUGUUAUUUGACAAUAGAUAUUCUUAUCCCGGUUUUACACAUCUAAAAAUUGGGCAAAACCGAUUUUCGGAGGAACUAUUUAAUACUUGGGGAGAAAAUACGUUUUAUGGACCUCUUAUUUCAAACAAUAGAUUUAAGAAUUAUUUUCUGUCGCGAUAUCGUGAUGAUAGUGACUGUAAGAUUCAUGGUCCAUGUAUUUCCGAUUCAAGAGAUGCAGUUGACCAUCUAUUUUGCUUCCGGGCUAUGUUAUGGCCAGAUGUUGCAGAAUCAUGGUUGACAAGAAAUAGAAUCUCAUCAUUGUGGCCACCAACUGAUGUUAUAUUGAAUUCUGUCAGCCAUGGAAUCUUACUGGUACCAAUUGGCAACAAGUUCGGUUCAAUUGAAAACUGUCCAUUAGAAUGGCGAAUAUCAUUCUCAUUACAAGAAAGAGAUCUAAUUCAUUCAUUCAACAACACACAGAUGUUGUGCUACACAGCUUUUAAGUACUUGAAAAAGGAUCUGCUGAAAGAGUCAGGAUUAUGCUCUUAUUUUAUCAAGACGGCUAUAUUUUGGUUAUGUGAAGAGUUAGGUAACGAUUUCUGGAUACCGGAAAAUUUCUUACAAUGCCUUCAUGAAAUACAGCAUCGUCUAAUUGAUUGGCUUAAAAACGGAUAUUGUCCUCAUUACUUUAUAAAAGAUAACAACCUAUUCAAGGGACUGCUUCCGAAAGAAAGGAAACAAAUAGAAGUUAAAUUGCUUAAUCUUUUUCAAUUACUAUUCCCAUAUAUCUAUUCCAAAAAAUUUAAUUCACAUUUCACAGCUUAUGAAGAUUUUGAAGAACUUAAAACUUCGUUUCUUGACAAUAGUAAACCUAUUUUCAUAUUACAUCGCGUAAUCCGGACUACUUUGUCUUGGUGCACUUUGAAACAGAGUAGAGGUAUAGUGAACAAAGUUUUAUUCAGACUUCUAAAUAAUAAACUUCCGAAAUAUACUAAAGGGUUGUAUAUGAUAUUGUUUUGCUAUGCAAAUCAAGUUUACCCACAAAAUCAGCAUAUGGUGUUUAAUAAAGAAAACAAAAGAAUGUACUCGAGUUACAGGCAGUGUAAGGCCCAUUUUCUCAUUGGAACUAAAGUCGACGCCAUCACAGGCUGGUUAUUACUUGCUUCUUAUUUUUAUAAAAUCGGCAAGCCUCUAUAUACCCUAAAGAUUACAGAUAUGAUUCUUGCGAAACCAAGAGAAAAUAAAAUGUUAAUUGCUGAUGGUUAUCACGAAGACUUUAUGGAGGAAUAUUUAGAAGAAGUGGCUGCAACUAAAUGGAAUCUUAACCUAUCAUUCCUAAACUGCACGAACAGUUAUUGCGUCGACAUGGUUUAUAAUAUACCAUGGUCAACAUUGAAUCUUGAAGAACUAUUACCAGAUGUUUAUUUUACUACUCCGCCAGUUAUAUAUGCACAUGUUCUACGUUUUUUAUGUUACAAAGCUAACGGCAACAUCUCUUUAAGGGACAGAGAAAUAUGCGAAAUAAUCAAAACCUGCCGCAAUAAUUGUUUUCUUGGAGAUUGGAAGGGGAGGGCUACUGCAUAUGCAAUAUUAGCUAAGAUUUAUAAAGCAUUGGACGAUGAUAAAGCUGCGAGAUAUUGGACAUCACAUUUGUUCCGAUACUUUGAGGAUCACCCUAAACAUUAUUUCAAGAAGAUAAGAUAGCUGAAAUGUGGAUGAUUAUCCUCAAAAUGAAACUUUUUUCCUUUAAACAUGGAUUGGAUCCUUACAUUACAAAAAUUAAAACCUUAUUUUGUACUUUGAAAAAAACAAAUUAUUAUGAAAUGACUUACAGUUUGUAAAGAAUUAGAUAGAGUUAUACCGCAAAUCUUGUUUAUAUCAAAAAUUCCAAAUCUGUGUCCUUCAAACUUUCAUUGAUUAUCCAUAUACCAUAUAGACAGAUCAUAUUUGUCUAAGGUGCAACAAUUGCAGAAUUUGAAAAAAAAACUCAAUGAAUUUUUCGAUAUCUUUUUUUUUUCGAAUCUAGACAAAUAAGUUUGUAAGUGAUUAUGCAUGCUCUAACUUUAUCAAUGAAUUCAAACUUGACAACUUGAACACAGACAUGUGUAGAAUCCAGUCGUCCGGGUAUUUUUUCCGAUUAAUUAAAAUCAUGAGGACGCGAACGCUUUAAUUAUCAAUUAAAGUUUUUCUGUAUCUUAGAAUAUUCAUUUUGCAUUAGGACCCUUGCUGAAGGGGUGGUUUUUUUUUGCUGAAUGGUCGAAAAAAAGGGUGUUAAAUCCGAUUGUUUCUUGACUGCAGAAUGCACAACAUUCUGAAUAUUACAAAACAAAUUGAUGCAACUACUUGAGGGAUCCUUUGUAUGGCCUGUUCGAAGGCAAUAAUUUGGUGCCUAUCCAACACUCUUCUUGUAAUUGCAGUCCAAAUUCUCUUCAUCCAGGAAAUAUACUAUUGUUGUUUAGUGAUCGUUCGGAACACGACUGAAAUAUUGACAACUGAAUAUUAAGAAUAAAAUUCUCAGACUAUUCAUACUUCGGUAGAUAUUGUCUAGAGAUGACUCAAAGUCAUCGGUUAAUCUUUGAUAAGCGAGCGUUUUUAAUGUCACGAAACCCUUUUGCCACUGACAACUUACAGAUACCAAAAAAGGUCCUUUCGUUAAAUCUGACCAGCGAUUUUUAUCAAUUGUUAUUGUUAUUAUAUGUUUUCGGUUGCGAUAUAUCGGAGGUUUACACGAAAGCGAAUAACCGAUAUCUUACGCCUUUUUCCACGAAGAUAUUUAUUAUGUCAACUACGUAUUGCAUGGUAUGACAUGAUGCCAUAUGCAGUUCAUG